AUGACCUAUAACCAUGUCAUGACUCGCUGCCAUUUGUUUCUAAGAGGAGAUAAACUGAGUGUUUAUUUCAAGGAUAAAAUUGACCAUAUUUUUGAACAAGGAAAAGAUAUCAUUGAUAUGUGGGUCAGAGGAAUGGGAGAGUGGGCAUGUUCUAUCUAUAUCAACGCAACCAGAUGUGAAUGA